AUGGUUCACUACAAACUUUCUUACUUCCCAAUAAGAUUCGCUGGAGAAGUUCCACGUCAAAUAUUGGCAUACGCAGGUCAAAAUUUUGAAGAUGACAGAAUUCCACAAUCUGUUUGGCCGACGAUCAAAUCAAAAAUGCCAUUCGGUACUCUUCCAGUUCUUUAUGUUGAUGGAAAACCUCUCGGUCAAUCUCACGCAAUAUCUCGUUAUCUUGCUCGCCAAUUCGGAAUAAAUGGAAGAUGUCCAUGGGAAGAGGCUCAAGUGAACGCAAUAGCUGAUCAGUUCAAAGAUUAUUUCAAUGAGAUCCGUACUUAUAAUCUUGUCAAAAUGGGAUUUGCUGAAGGGGAUUCUGAAAAGCUCUAUGCAGAUACAUUUCUACCAAAUUUCAAGAAGAAUUUUCAAUUCUUUACAAACUUCCUGAAAUCAAGUGGUGCUGGAUUCUUGAUAGGAGAUUCAUUGACCUGGGUCGACUUGCUGAUUGCCCAACAUACAUCAGAUCUUCUGAGUGAUAGUGGAUCUGUUUUUGCUGCAAGUUCAUCAAUUUUCGAUGACUUCCCAGAACUCAAAGCUCAUCAAAAGAAGAUUCAUUCUAUUCCAAAUAUCAAGAAAUGGAUUGAAACUCGCCCCGCCACUCCACUUUAA